AUGCGAGAACCCACCUCUGAAGAAAUUGAAAAACUUGUAGAAUUGGCUUUAAAGGCCAAGGAAUUUGCUUACUGUCCCUAUUCUAAUUAUCGUGUCGGUGCAGCGAUUCUCUGUGCAAAUGGAAUUUAUUAUACGGGUGUUAAUGUUGAAAAUGCAUCUUACGGUGGAGCCAUCUGUGCAGAACGCGUCGCAAUUACUAAAGCAGUUAGCGAAGGGCAAAAGAAAUUUAUUGCAAUUAGUGUUAGCACCGAUUCUUUUGAGAAAUUUGCAAGACCUUGCGGUAUAUGUCGACAAUUUAUCAGCGAAUUUGCAACUGAUCUUUCAAUAUACCUCGUUAACCCAGAUGGAAAAUACAUUGUUGAUAAUAUAAAAAACUUAUUCCCGGAGCCUUUUGGAAAUAAUGAUUUGACAUAG